UAGAGUUGUGGCUGGGACUGUCCAUCUACUUGGACACAGAGAAGCACAGCAAACACAGGGCACCAUCUGCAGCAAUGAAUGACAUCAAACUGGCCCUGCUGGGCAGUGAAGGAGCAGGCAAAUCUGCGGUUUUGGUGAGAUUCUUGACCAAGCGAUUCAUAGGAGAAUAUGCGUCAAAUACCAACUCCUUAUACCAUAAAAGGUUCUCCAUUGAUGGAAGACAGUUGAACUUGGAAGUCUUUGAUCCGUGCUCACAGAGUGAAGAAAGCAGAUGUAUCCUGGAGGAACCAUUGGACUGGGCUGAUGGCUUUGUGGUGGUUUACACCAUCAGCGACCGUAGGUCCUUCCUAAAUGCCAAAAACAUCCUGGUGCAGAUCAAAGAGAGCCGUCGAGAGACCUGUAAAGGGGAGGUUCCCAUCUGCCUGGUGGGUAACAAGCAGGACCUGUGCCACAGUCGUCAAGUGAGCGAAGAGGAGGCCCGCUCUCUGGCCCAAGAGAACAAAUGCCUCUUCCAGGAGGUUUCGGCGGCUGAGAACUACCUGGAGAUCUCCAACCUCUUCACAAAGCUCAUCCGCCAUGUGAUGGAGCAGCUUAAGCAUCGAGGCGACCGCAGGCGGUACAGUGGCUCCAAAUCCAUGGCCAAGCUCAUUAACAAUGUCUUUGGCAAAAGGAGAAAGUCUGUUUGAGUGCAGAACAUGAAAGAGCCCAGAAAAUAGCAAUGAGUCAGUCUCUAUUGAAUCAGUAAUGGAGAUGUGUCCCUGUUAAACCUGAAGGUCUUGGAAGGGUUUUUUUUAAUAUGAAUAGAGGUACGCUUUGAUACAUAGUGCAAAUUUAGUCCACUAUGAGAGAUCCCAUGCAGCCAAAAACAUCAUACAGAGCAGUGGUUCUCAACUUUUUUGACUCCAAGGCCCCCGUUGUUAACAAUAUCUGAAGGCCUUUUCCAGUUGUUCAUGAUUUACUGGAUUGGUAUUUUUAUUUAAAGGGAUAGUAUACUCCAAAAAAUGAAAAUUACCCCAUGAUUUACUCACCCUCUAGCCAUCCUAGGUGUAUAUGACUUUCUUCUUUCAGACAAAUACAAUAGAAGUAAUAUUAAAAAUGUCCUGACUCUUCCAAGCUGAGUUUGAGUUCCAAGUCUGAGAUUCAAUAAUCCAAUAGAAGUCAAAUAAAGUGCAUAGAUCCAUCAUAAAAAAUACUCCACACGGCUCCAGGGAGUUAGUAAAGGCCUUCUGAGGUGAAUCGGUGCUAUUGUGUAAGAGAAAUGUCCAUAAUUAAAACUUUAUAAACCGUAAUCUCUAGCUUCCACUAACUGUCAUACACAUGUUCACGAGAGAGUGGCGUUCUAGUGGAUGAUGAGGGUUAAACUUAAAAGUUGAGAACCACUAAUAUGGAGUCUAAUUAGUCAGGGUAAAGCAUUUAUUACUAGUUAUAACCAGAGUUGAAACAAAUAAAGGUAUGCGUGUAUAGAACCCUAUUGGUUUUGACAGUAUUAGCUGACACGGUAUCCCAAAGACAGAUACUUCGCACUACCAUCUUUGCAUUUUUUUGCGAACACAGUUUUAGUUACAUUUAUGGAAUGUGUUUUUCUUGAGUAGAAAGAUCUUUGGCUUAUGUUUCUUUAUUAUUUUAUGAUUUUUCUCUCGUCAGCCUCGGAAGAGUAGGAAAACCCAAAGCAACAUCGGUCUUAAAAUUCAUAUUUUUGUUGACAUAUAUACACCUCUCGAUAAUACUUUCAAUAUCGCUGAGAAGAAUGGGGAAUGUUUGCAAAUUUGUGAAGCUUUUGUUUUUCUCUUGAAGGAGUAGCGUACAUUCUUUCCCUUGCUCUCUGAAAAUGUUUUAAUGGCAUGAGACAGAGUUUGCGUUAAGGAAUGCACAACAAAGUUGAAGUGAAUUUCAUUUAUCUAGAUGCUGCGAUGAGGUGUAAAAUGCAGGUAAAUUACCUUUCUAACAAAAACCCAUGGCAGAGGAAUGAAAACAAAACUCUACUGCAUUCCAUCCGUAGCCUUCUCAAGGCCUCAUUUUGAGUAAAAAACAAUGAAGUGCAGCCUUUACUGUACAGAUGCAAGACAAGGUUUUUGGACCCUUGGGAAUGACCUGUAUAAAAACAAAUUCUGCUUCAGGUUAGUAACAAAAACAAGGUAAAACAAGCUAGCGAGGAACAUUCUCAAAACUUGGGUUAAUGUUCUGCCAAGUUUCUCUCAAAGAACAAGAGUCUUUCCAGUAGUGUUAAUAGAAUGUUCGUUCAAAGUUAUCCGGUCUUUACGAAUGUUCUCAAAACAUUAGCACAAAAACAUUAUUUAUAUGGUAGGUUUUACUUCUGAAACAUUUUCGUUGGACAUUCAUCUAACAUUUUUCAAAUGUUGCUACUUGUUUUAGCAUAUUCAGAGAACAUUAAAAAAUAAUGUUUCCAAAAUGUUUGCAGAAUUAUAUAAUGGAAUGAUUCCUUAACGUUUUUAAAAUGUUUACAAAACUGGACGUUUCAAAUAUAGCUUAAUGCACAUAUUUGUGUUAGCUGGGAUCGUACUGAUCACUUUGUUUAAAAGCUAACAGUCUAGAUUAGGAGCAGUGCUGUACGUGAACUUCUAAACUAACAACGCCUCUAAAGGCUAACUGGAGUGUUCUAAUAAGAACAUCUAGGGCUUUCCCCAUUUCCUAAAUUGUUCCAAGGUACUGAAAUAUAUGCUUGCUGUAAUUUCUUACAAUGCACCGUAAAAUCACUUAUACCCUGCUUAUAUCCUGUCAUGUUUUCGUGUCUCUCAAGUAAAGAGAAAUGGUGGCUGAGUGGAUGUGUAAUCAUGGCACUGUACUUUUACAGCUAAAGUGAAGACACAUUCUAAACAUCACAAAUCAUACUAGAAGGGCAUUGGUCCUGGAAUAUAAUACAGUGAUGUUGUUGAUAAAUACCAGUGACAUUUAUAUGUGACCCAGUUUUCGAUCAGUGCCCCAAUGUUUGGUUGCUCAAGGCCGUUGUGAGGGCUUGAAUUUGUGUUCAUGAUAAUGAUUUGAAACGUAGGGAGCUGGGGAGUGUUAUGAGACAUGGAAAAAGAACUCAAGAAAGACUUCCAAAAAAGAAAAUUCAAAGAAUCUCAGAAGCAUAAAUAAAGAGUUGUCUCCGGAGAAAAAAAGGUAAAAUUCUUUUUUGCAAUGCUGCUUAUAAAACGAAGGAUGUAUUAAACAGAAUUUACUGCUGCUAAAGUUACAAAAAUACAAUACUGAUCCUAGUUUUCAGUUUAUCGUUUAGGUAGCAGUAAUGUCAUGUAAAGUUCAAUAGUUUGUGUGAUUAGUUUAAGCAGGUUGUGUUGCUCUAUUAUUGUAACUUGUUUGGAGAGCAGCUUUAUAAUGCAGAAUUCCACUUCAUACUGUAGAGGACUUUUUAGUAGCAAAAGUGGAAUGUGUACCUUGAUAUUUAAAAAUGUAGUAACAACUUCAGUAACCUACUAAUAAAGUGUUUUUUUAUUGUUAAAAGAUGUUUUUUUGAACACCCUAUCAUAACCUGACACGUUACAAUGAAUCUUCUCUUACUUUGUCAAGUGAUGAUCUAUAAUUCUGUUUUCACAUGAGUGUAUUAACAUUGAUUUAAAUGUUUUUAAAUUACAGAUU